UUCAUCAUUAGAACACUGAACACAGUGAAGAAACAAAGACUGCCUGAGUUCUGUGUGACGGAAAAACAAUAGAAUGGGGAAGUCGACGGUGACGACGAAAGAUGAUGCACAUGCUCUUUUUCACUCUCUACGUUCUGCUUAUUCCGCUACCCCUACCAAUCUCAAGAUCAUAGAUCUGUACGUUAUGUUUGCCGUCUUCACCGCUCUGAUUCAGGUGGGUUACAUGGCCAUUGUUGGUUCCUUCCCGUUCAACUCAUUUCUCUCAGGCGUACUCUCUUGUGUAGGGACAGCCGUUCUUGCUGUCUGUCUUCGUAUCCAAGUAAACAAAGAAAACAAGGAAUUCAAGGAUUUACCUCCUGAGCGCGCUUUUGCGGAUUUUGUUCUGUGCAAUUUGGUCUUGCAUUUAGUGAUCAUGAACUUCCUUGGAUAACUUGUGUAUCUGAUAUUGAGAAUUACCUGAAUAUCUUUAGGUUGUUGCUACAUGAGACUCGGAUACAUACAGAAUUCACUGUUCAGACCUUUUGAUUUGCCAAAGUAACUUUUAUCUAGACCCAUAUAUCAAUCACAUAGCAAACCUGAAUAUCUGAAAUUUUGAAUGUCAAGUCAUAUUUGAAUUGUUGUGUAUGAGAUUCUUUCAAUUGAAAAAAAUUUUAUCUUC